CGGUGAGGACGUAUUUGACGUUAAAAAGGAUCCAACGUUAUUCUGUUCCAAUGCGGGUUUUCGAAUAACGUUUUUGGAUAUAAUUGUGCGUUAGAGUGAAGUUUGUUUAUAUAAGUAUUAAUGUGUGACCUUAUAAAGUGAUUUAUAAGACGUUUUAUUUGGUUUAAAUGUAGGUUGGUUUUCGUCAUUGGAUGUGGUUAUUUUUAGCAGUAGCUUGUUAAACUUCUUGCGAUCUGAGUGUCUUAAUUUAGAGCGUUGCAUGUUUAGCAUCAAAGUGCGCAUCACCUAAAAUGAAAAAGAAGAGAAAAUCAAGAGUGAAUAUAAACACAUAAAGACAGUGAAAAUUAUUUAAUAAUUCUAUAAAAACAUAUCAAAUUAAAUAAAGUCUAAAACCAGACAGGACUGGCCGGUUAUAAAAAAGUGAACAAGAAGGAUGUUUGUAAAAACAAAAAAAAAUAUACAAACGCUAAACAUUUAAAGUAAUUUUAAUCUUUGGCUAUUAAACCAAAUAGUAAAAGCAAAAUCAAAUAAUUUUAGUAAAAUUAUUUCUCAAAAAGGAUUUUUCUUGUGUCAAAAAGCGCGCGAAUCCGAACUGUCAAAUCUGUUUUAGAGGUUAGAAGUGGCCAGUGUGUAAAGUGCGCAAAUAGUUUGGUUGGUGUUAAAUAGUGGCGUCAAAGUGGCCGGGGACGAGCACUUGGACAUGCUGGGGGGCCCCGAAUGGGGGCAGCGGGAGGCGACGCCCCCCCGGGACGCCCCCCUGCCGAGCUUCGGCUUCACACAGGAGCAGGUCGCGUGCGUCUGCGAGGUCCUUCAGCAAGCGGGUAACAUUGAGCGCCUAGGCCGGUUCCUCUGGUCUCUACCCGCGUGUGAAAGACUCCACGCUCACGAAUCAGUGCUCAAAGCAAAGGCAAUGGUUGCCUUUCAUAGAGGCAAUUUUAAAGAACUCUACAGGUUGUUAGAGUCGCAUACAUUCAGUCCGCACAAUCAUACGAAACUGCAGAACUUGUGGUUGAAAGCUCACUAUAUGGAGGCGGAACGUCUACGAGGUCGGCCGCUGGGCGCGGUAGGCAAGUACCGUGUACGGCGUAAAUUCCCCCUGCCCCGGACUAUAUGGGACGGCGAGGAGACAUCCUAUUGUUUUAAGGAAAAAUCCCGAUCAGUUCUACGAGAUUGGUACCUCCACAAUCCGUAUCCUUCGCCUAAAGAGAAAAGAGAGUUGGCAGAGACCACCGGCCUUACCACAGUACAGGUGUCAAAUUGGUUUAAAAACAGACGACAAAGAGACAGACAGGCAGAACAUAAAGAUAGCGGCGGCGCUGGCGACAAGCCGCUGGACUCGUCGACGGAUGAUGACAGUGACGCACCGCACCCGCCCGCGCUGCCACCUCAACCACUCUACCCGCUGUACGAACAUCCGCUGGCACAUCUGCAGUACCACACCUGACAUAACUACUACACGCAUUAAUGUACACGUCAGUAAGACCCUUUUUCCACUAACCGUUUAUAGAUAUUUAUAGGUUUCGAUUGUGACAAUUUAUUCAAUAACUAAACCAGUAAUGAAAU